AUGCGAACCACAUCUCGUUCUGAAAGUGAGAAUUCAGCAUUUCACCAGAACACACAUUAUGGUUCUACGCUUGUCCAUUUCAUGAUUUCAUUUGAAGCUGUUAUGGAGAAGCAAAGAUUCACUCAGUCAUCUUUUGACUUCAAAACUAACGACAAACAUUCAAAAAUGAGGACACCAUUUGAGAUCGAGAGGAAUGCCUCUAUGUUUUACACUCGCACUGUCUUUCGUCAAGUUCAAAAUGAAAUGUACUUGUCUAUGGUUUCAUGUACUCAAAUUUCGAUCAGCACAUUCGAUGAUGUUGAUGAGUGUCUUGUCAAAGAAUUUAUUCAUUACAUUCCUUCUAAUGCAAAUGCUUCUCAGCUUGAUCCAGAAGUUGAAAAUGAUGAUCAAUGGGAUAUACCUAUACGUGAGUCUACUUAUAAGGUCACACACAAUAAGUCUGCACAAACAUUUACAUGUCCUUGUAUGAAGUUUGAGCAAUUUGGCAAUAAUCACACCAAAUUGAAAGAAUACUUGGAUGAAAUAAAGCAGCUUGAAGCAAAGUUCCUUUCCAAUUUCACAACUCAUGAAAAAGGAAACAAGAAUAAAGAGUUCGAAAAAACACUUGGUGUUACCAUUCCCACUAGUGUGGAUAUUCAAAAUUCUGGAGAAAUCCGCAACAAAGGAAGUGGUACUAAAAAAGGAAUGAAAAGUUCGAGAGAGGUGACAACAGAAAAAUCAAAGGGUUCCAGAUGCAGUUAUUGUCGCAAUGGGAAUGAUCAUGAUUGGCGAAAUUGCCCUGUAAGAAAAGAAGAUGAGAAGAACAACAUUUUCAAAGAACGUCCUGGGAAGAAGAAUUAA